AAGAUUCACGUUGAAAUGAAGGUUUAGAAUUAGACCCUCGUGAGAAGUCAGCAGCGUCCGAAACAGAAGAUGUCAUUCUCGCUGUCGCCGCCGACAUUCCCACCCAAACCCACCCCAGUCCUACUACACUACCAGCGCCCGAACUACUAUCACCCCAAUCACUCCGCGACUCGCCAUUUCGAUGGUCACGCUGCGACUUCGCUGAAGCUGAGGUUUGGCAUCGGCUCGGGGCUGACGUUGAGCGAAUUGCCCAGCCACAAGCGACGUCGUUUCCGGUGCGAAGCCCAACUGGGCGACCUCGCUCCGGUCACCUCCGCCGUUUAUGGGUCUCUUCUUCUCGGCGGCGGUCUCUUCGCCUUUAGCAGGUCAGGAAGCAAGGGCUCACUUGCUGGAGGGUGCACUGGGGCUGUUCUAAUGGCCACUGCCUACUAUCUUAUGCAAGCACCAGAGACAAAAUCAAUUGGUUAUGCACUUGGAUUUGGCGCCGCCUUUCUUUUUUCAUCCGUGUUUGGUAUACGCUUGGUGGCUACACGAAAACUGACCCCGGCAGGUCCUCUAUUAGCUCUCUCAGUCCUCGCAUUGGCAGUUUUCAUAUCUGCUUAUUUGCAAGAUACUGUCUGACUGAUGAAAUACUCGCUCUCUUGCUCUGAUAAAGGCUCGUGGGGAUGUGCUACCACUUGUUAUAGUUGUCACUCUACAUGAAAUAAUUGUGCGAUUUUUCACUGAAAAUAUGAAACAAAAAAAAUGGAAAAAUCAUUGUGCUUACCAUCUCAAUUGAGACCCUUCCUCUUCUGUCUCCAAUUAUUGUUUAGAGGCCACUGACAUCGGAAGUGGUUGCACUCUCCAUACAGUGGUAAUGUCUGGACUAGGAGAAUUGACUUUUGACCCAUUUUGGUGAUGUCUGCACUAAAGAGAGUUUGAAAA